AUGACUUACUACUGCGAGCUCCUUGUGUGAGGAGGAGAGGUAGCAGCGGUUCCCUGGGCCAAACCAGCAGCCUUUUAGCAUCUCUUCAGCUGCCGGGAAGAGUUAUGCAGCCAGCACUUGAUAUCAAACACUUUCUGCCCUAUCGACUAAACACACCUUCGCCCAUUGGAUUAUUCCCCAACUUCAACACAAUGGAUCCGGUGCAAAAGGCCGUAAUAAAUCACACCUUCGGCAUGGCGUUACCUCCGAAAAAGAAACAGGUCAUCUCUUGCAAUGUCUGCCACUUGAGGUUCAACUCCGAGAACCAAGCGGAGGCUCACUAUAGAGGCCAUAAGCACGCCCGGAAGCUCAAAGCACUGGAGGCGUUGAAAAACAAGCAGAAAGCGUCGGCCAAAGAGGACACAGCCACUCAACCCGACCACAGUCUCGAGGACGCUAUGAGCGAUCCAGAGAAGACAGACGAUUGCCCGGCGGGGAAAGCCACGGACGAAACGACGGGCGGCUCUCCGUCCCCGAGACCGGGCUCCGAGGUGUCGACGGAGGAGCCCGCCGCCCCUUCCUCGUCCUCGGCCUCCUCCCGCUCGGAAGCCGCCUGCGGGGCUCCGGAGGACGGGGGGCCGGAGCUCCCGGCCGCGGUUCCGGCCGUCGCGGAGACCGCCGCGGGCGAAAGCGGCGAGGUGGGAGUGGCUUCGCCCCCCGAGGGCGAGAAGGAGGGUGACAAACCCAAGCGGCAGCUCUACUGCGGGGUCUGCAAAGUGACCGUCAAUUCCGUCUCGCAGCUCGAAGCGCACAACAACGGGUCCAAACACAAGUCGAUGCUCGAGGGUCAGAACAGUCACCACCGAAGGAACCGCUUGAAACUGUUCCCUCGGACUUUGUACAAAACCAAACGCAUUGGCAAUAAAGGGAGCGUCGGGUUGCAGAGCAAAGCCUUCCACUGUAACAUCUGUGAGAUAUACGUCAACUCCGAAACCCAACUCAAACAGCACAUGACCAGUAGGCGACACAAGGAGAGGCUGACUGGGAGGCCAUCCAAACCCAAGUUUAGUCCCUACACAAAGCUCCAGCAGACAGCGGCAUUGGUGACGAAGCUGGCUUUUCAGAAACACCUGGCAAAGCCGAUGGCCACCGGUUUCUUACCGAACCCUCUGACGGCCGCCGCGGUCUGCGCUUUGCCAAACGGCCUCACGCUCAGGCCAACCACCACCCUCUUCCAGACCCCCAUCCUGGGACCAGCCUUCUUCAGAGCCGCCCCAGGACCUCUGAGGACCGCUCCCACCUCCUUCCUGUUCGCGCCGUAUUGACUCAUCUCUCUGAUUUUCAGGGUUCAGUUCGUUGAGACAUUUUUUCUGGGGAGAGAGACACAAAAAAUACAAGCAACAGCUACAGGAAAGGGAACUAUGCAGUUGUUCACGAGAACAUCUCUAAGUUAUGCAGGGCAGAGAAUUCUGCCUCCUCGCUUAUAUAAAAGAAAAAAAAUGGUAUUAUUAUUAUUUAGCAGUUUUUAUACUGCGGAUCUAUUUAGACGAACCUUGUAUUAUAACAAUAUGGUUUCAGUGAAGAGAAGAAAAGACACUGUUACAGAACUGAUGUAGACAUACUUAGAUUUGCAGUAGAACCAUAAGAGACCCCCAGUCUCUUUUUUUUGCACAAUAUUUUUGUGAUAUCUUUAAUGUGCGUCAGUCACUGGCUGGGCGAGGUAUUCUGUGUGAGAGGUGUUUAUAUCUAUAUAUAUAUAUAGAGAGAGAGAGAGAGA